ACACAGAGCACUGUUGACAGUUGACCAAAGGAAGAUCAAACGUUUAUGGCUUACUUAUGCGAUAAAGAAAUGCAUUUGGUGCCUUUUUGAUCAGCGGGCACAGAUUUAUAUCAUCUGCAGCCGAGCUAUGGAUGAGAAUGAACGGCAAAGGAAACUAGAAGCUGGAAGAGCUAAGCUUGCUAGCUACCGACAGAAGCGGGCGAAAGGCGGCGGUUCGAGGGCGUCGAAAAAGGCGCAGAAGGGGAAGAGCCAGGAUGUCCCGCCGCAAAAUGACUGCGCGACUCAAGACCCCCACGUAGACUCCGCCCCUCCCUCCACCAACGGACAGGAGCGGAACGGCAAAGGCAAAACUGAGGUUGAUGAACAGCUGAACAAGAUUAAAGUCGCACAGAGGGAAGAAAUUGAGUCGUCGCCCUCCCCAGACCGGAGCCUUAGCCCCGUGGAGGACCUGAAGGAUGAGGACCUGGCAGCGCUCACAGGCAAAGAGCAGCUCAAGCUUUUGCAACAGGCUGUGGAGAAGCGCAAUGAGAUUAUUGCCAAACUCAGUGCCAACCUGCAGGAGGCGCUGUCCAGCAGAGACAAAGUUCAAAUGGAGGCCCAGACACUGACCGGACAGAUCCAAGCUCUCCAGAAGCAGCUUCAACAGACCAGCCUGGAGUUCUCACGCAUCAAAAGUUUACAUGGACAUUCCUCAGAUUCAGACUCCAGUAGCAAGGAUCCACCACCUGAAUGUAAAAACCAAGGUUCCAACACAAACAGCGAUGAGGAGACCACAAAUGUCGUCGUGAAAAAACUCAAACUUGAGCUGGAAAAUGAAAAGGAGAGGAGCCAGAACUUUUUUGACGAACUCCAAAAAGAGAGAAAUGUGGUUUUGUUACUGGAAGAAGAGAAGAGGGAGUGGGAGGAGGAGCUAAAACGCCAUCUAAUUCAGCUUCAGGACCUGCAGUCACAGUGCCUGGAAAUGCAACAGUACAAAAGGGACAAGGAGAGACUCAAUAUGGAGGUACUGGAGCUGAAGCAGAUGCUACAAGAGAAAGGUGACGCAGAGAAAAGGCAUGGCGAAGAGGCGGCUAGCUCGGUGCAGCUGGUCCGCAGCUUGGAGGAGGAACUGGAGAUUGUUAAGAAGCAGCUGGAGGACAGAGAGAAGGAGCUGAAAUUCAGAGAGGAGGAGGUGCAGGGGCUGAAGGUGUCCAAGAAUAGACAGAACCAAGCCAGAGCAGGGUUCACUUGUAAUGAGGCUAACCAAGGAGGAAAUGGAGAUGGAAGUGAGGAGGUGAGGUCUAGUGAGGAUAGUCUGAAUGUGUCACUCACAGGGGAUGUGCUGAUGGAGAGAUACCUGUCCUCGGAGCCUCCUGCCUGCUCCCAGUCCUCACUGGUCCAAGAGGGCUUCCAGCACUGCAGCCAACUGGACAUGUCUGGGGACUGCAGCUUUGAAUUGAACAGUGAAAUUCUGGGAGACCAUGCCUUAUUGUCCAUCUCUAAUCGCCUUGAAGUCCACGAGGGCGAACAGUCCAUGUUCCCGUGGCUCAACAGCUCCCAGAAUGACAAACUGGACCUGAGUAACACCUCGGCUCACUCUGAAGACGCUCACCUGGAGAAGGACCUCCUGUACCAACAGUGCAGGGAGCUGCAUGAGGAGCUGACACAGAAGGACCGGGACCUGGAAGUGCUGAGAGAGGAGGUGACCAGGAGCGCAGAGGAGCUGGAGGAAGCUAGGAGCAGGUGGGCCCAAGUAACAGAAGAACUGAGGGAGGCCUUGCUGGAACUAGAGGAGGAAAAGGAGAAGAGGACUCAAAUGGAGGAGGCGAUGCUACAGAACAACACAGAACAAGAGGAGCUGCAGAAUAAAUCCAGUGCCUUACAGGAGGAGAAACGAGCUGAAGUGAGAGAAGAGGAGUGUGCACCAUCUGAGCCAGUGGACCUGCUUGUGUUUUCCCCACAGCAGCGUAAAGGGAAGGUGGACUCAGCCAAUCAGAGCCCAGGGAUUGGAGAGGACCAGCUGACCAGACUUCAGGAUCUCUCUGAUGACCUGAAGUCUGAACUUGAAGAUGCUAAAAGGGAACUGAAAACAAGCACAGAGCUGGUGAACCAAAGGACUCUGGAGCUGGAGAAGGCCCUGAAGGAUCUCCAAAGCUCACAAGCACAGCUGCUAAACCUUCAGACCCAAAUGGACCAACUUCUGCUUGAACUGGACCACAGCAAGGCCAGUCUGGACCAAACUGAGAAGGAGAAGUGCGACCUGGAAUCCCAGCUGGUCUGUCUGAGCCAAAAUGUCUCCAACUUGGAGGAGACCCAUGGCAAAGCACUGGAAGAGAAGGAGGAGUACAGGAGGAGAGCGGAGGAGAUGAACGAACGCAUCAACAAAAUGGAACAGGUCCUGGAGGAGGAGCUGGAACAGUUUGAAAACUUGCUCAAAUCGAAAGAUUCUGAGAUGAUUGAAGAAAGGGAGAAAUGGGUGGAGGAGAAACAGGAGAAGGAAAAGGAGCUCUCAGAUGUUCGGAGUCUUCUGGAAGAGCAUCGGCAAAUAAGUGAGAAGGAGCUGAAGGAACUGAUGGAGAAACAGGACCAAGCUGUAGAGGAGGCUACAGAGAUGGUCAGGAAGUCCUACCAACAAGAGAUCUCUGAACUGCAACAGAAACAUCAACAAGAGACUUCUGAGUUGAAAGUUCAAUUUGACAACCGACUUCUGGAGCUGCAGUUCACUUUAGAAGGGGAACAGAAGAGGCAGAUCAACCUCAUCAAACAGGUAACUGAGCGUGAGCACGAGAGGAUGAUGGCAGAGCUGACCAGCAGACACACUGAGGAGAUGGAUCAUCUGAGGACCAAGGUGACCCUGGAGCUGAGGGAAAGCAUGGAGGCAGCACACCAGGCCGAGAUGGACCAGGCUCAGGCCCAAAAGAUGCUGGAGUUGGAAGCCUUGCGCCUCAGCCUGACCAACGUCCACCAGUCCCAUUUGGAGCUGUCUCAGGACGCGGCAGUGGGGAAGAUCCAGGCCUCCAUGAAAGAGACCUUCACCCAGGAGAGGGCUCUGAUCCAGGCCAGACAUCACAUGGAAAUGGACCAAGUCAGACGGCACCACGAGGAGGAGCAGGAGAGAAGACAGCAGCUGCACCAAAGUCAGAUGGAUAAGUUAAAGCAGCAGCUGGAUGAAAACCUUGCAAAGGAGAGGACAUCACUAGAGGAGAAGGCCACAAAGGAGAUACAGUCUCUGAAGGCACAAUUGGAAAAGGCUUCUACCGCCGAAACCAAUCUUCAGGCAACGUUAUCAGAAAUGGAGGAGAGGCUGAACCAGACCCAGACAGAACUGGACCAAAUCAACAAGGACCUUACAGAAGCCCAGGCUGCUUUGUCCCAGGCCCGGCUAGAGAUCCAACAGUCUCAGGCCAAACUGGAUGAUUACCACACAUCCAGUCAACAACAGGAAUUGAAAUCAUCAGAAGAACUCAAACAAGCCUUAUCCGAAAGAGAUGCUGCUACUCGUUUGCUGGAGGAGUUGGUUUCCAGUCAUAAAGAUGCUCUACAAGACAAGGAACAAGAAGUGCUCCUCUUACAGGGCAAGGAGAGUGAACUGCAGCAACAGAUUUCAGAAUUACAAAAGGAAAAGAGCUUACUGAAACAAAACUCACAAGAGGAAGUGGGUCAACUGUGGACUCAGCUGGAGAGCAUGAGAACUAACCGUCAGGAGUUGGGAGAACUAAAAGAACAGCUGCGGGCCCGCUCUGCUCAAGUUGAGGACAUAGAACGCUUAAAGGUGGAUUUUAAUGAACAGAAGCGUGAAAUCAAACAGCAGAAUGAGACAGAGCUGGAGAGCCUUAGGAGAUAUUUUGAGCAGAGGUUGCAAGUGGCUGAGGAGGGCUAUCGAGAGGAAAUUGCACUGCUCCAGCUGAGGAUGGUAGAGGGAGCACUGGAGGAAUCUGUGCUGAAAACUGCAAAUGAGGGUGAAUACUCAAAGUGUCUCACUGAAGAGGAACAGGAUACUGAUGGUAAAAAGGAAAUGCUACAUCAGCUGGAGGAGAAGCACACCAUGGAACUGGAUGAGCUCAGGUCUUCUUUGUCCAAGUCCUUCAAAGAGGAACUACGGCAGGUGCGCUCAGACCUCACAGAUCAGUACUACAAGGAACUGAUGGAGAUGAAAACUCGCCAUGCCUUAGAAAUGGAACAACUCGAAGCCAAACUUUCUGAAAGCCACUUAAGAGAGCUGACCCGACUCAAGCUGGAGGCAGCCAGGCAGACAGAGGUGGAGGUUGAGCAGAGGCUGUGGUGUCUCACAGAGGAGCAGAGGAACAGUGCUAGUAUUAUCCAUGCUCUGGAGAGCAGACUGUCUGCACUGAGUAACCAGCACAAAGCUGAUGUCCAGAGCGCAGUGAAGUUGAAAGAGGACUUUGCAGCUGAGCUGACUCAUCUGGAGGAUUCCCUGCAGAAGGAGAAGGAGGAGAUGCAGAAGAGGCUGACUACACUGAAAGAAGAACUCCAGCAGAAGCAUGAGUUUGAGCUGUGUGCUCUGAGGGAGGAGUUUGGGAAAGAGAGGGACCACCUUGAGAAAGCACUUAAAGAAGAAAACAACAAGCUGACAUCUUUACAAGCUGCACUAGACAGUGAUAACAGCCCACAGCUCUUGAAAGAGCAGCAGAGACUGGAGGGGAAAUCUGAAAAAGAACUACAAACGAUAAAGAGGAGCAUGGAAGAAGAGUUCACAAACAAGUUACAAAAAGCCCAAGAAAGGUUUCAGGAUGAAAAGGCUACAUUAGAGCACCAUUUGUCCCAGAAAUAUGAAUCCUCUUUGUCUGACAUAAAGGAAAAGCAUAAAUCUGAAAUGGCCCAGGAGAAGGCCAGAGCACUGACCAAACACUCUCAGGAGAUGGAUGCCCUCACUGCUCGAUACACAGGGCAGCUGGACACCCUCAGUACCAGUCACAGAGAUCAGCUGGCAGCCAUGGCCACACAGCUUCAGAACAAGCACAACACCGAGCUUGUUGCCUUGGAAGCAGCCCUCCAUUCACAACGAAAGCUCGACCUCGCCAGUUUAGAGGCCGCCUUUCAGGAAACCAGUCAGGCACAGCUCCAGGCCCAAGAGGCGCAACUGGAACGCAAGCACCAGGAGGACAAGGACGAGCUGGAGAGGAGAAUGCUGGGCAACAUGGACACUCUGGAGGCCACGUAUCUCAGAGAAGUACAGACCCUGCGGGAUGAAAUGAUACACCUGGAGCAAAGGCACUGUCAAGAACUGUUGGAGCAGAAAACUGAACAUGAGCAAACCUUGGAGCGCACCAUGACUGAGCAGCAGCGUCUCAGGGAGGAGCUGAGUAAGACGCUCACAGACCGCAUCGCUGCCAUGGCUGCAGAGCUCAAACAGGCACACAAGGUGGAACUUUCUUCCCAAAAAGAAGCCUUGGAUACUGAACAUUGUCAAGCCUUGGAGGCACUGAAGAGACAAGUUUUGGAGCUUGAGCAACAACAUAGUGCAGCACUCCAAGAACUUACAAGCACGUACGCUGCAGAGAUCAAACAACUCACUGAACAGCACCAAGUACAGCUACAGGAGCUGAAGAACAUAUCUGCCCGUGAGCUAGAGGCAUGUCGCCGCGAGCUGGAGGAGUCAUCAUCACGGCAACGUCAACACUUCACAGAGGAAGUGGAGCUCCUCAAGGUCCAAUCAGAAGACCGGCUCCAGGAUAGGCUUCAGCAGAUCAAGACGGAGUUUGAAGUGCUGAAAGAGGCGGAGCUUGAGAAGCUGAGGCGGAGUCAUACUACAGAGCAGGAGGAGAAGGAGAGGAGCUACACCAGCAAAAUGAGCCAGCUGACUGCUCAGCUCCAGCAGCUGGAUGCUGUGGUGGCUCAGCUCCGAGAAGAGGUUGGCUGUCUGCAGGGAGAGCUGGAGGGUAAGCGCUCCGAGAUGGAGACCCUAGACACUCUGCUCCAGCGCAGAGAGAGGGAGAGCCAAGAGGGGGGAAACCUGCUCAAAAUGCUCACCGAUGACUUGCACGCUGCUAGAGAGGAAAAGACUACACUAGUGACUGCUAACGAGAAAUUGAGGAAGGUUGUUGUGGAGAUGGUGCGGAGUACAAUUGCAACAGAGGAGCUGAUUGGGCAAAAAAUCAGGUCACAUAACACAACUUCAACUGAAGCUAAAUGUAGAAGAAGUUCUACUGGGAACAAAGAUGCACAUGAAGCAGUGGCAGACUUGUCUUCAGAGGACCUGGAGCUGACCCAUACCCUGUGUGAGAGCCUGUUGGUGUCUGAUAAAAACCUGACUCCGGAGGGAGAGGAGGCUGCACUCUCGGCCAGUGGAAGGCUGCACCACACUGUGGGGAUAUUGCUGGACCUGCUCAACCAGGCUAACACACAGCUGGAAGAGACCCAUAAUGUGCAUCUGUCCCUGGAGCAGAAGUUCAUUCGGGGCAGGGAUGACUCUGCUCAGUUGGUUGAGCAGCACAGACUCCUGAUGGAGCAGCUUAACGAGGAGGCCAAGCAGAAGAGCCACCUCCAGUUGGAACUACACAAAGUGGAGGGGCUCCUGCAAGGCUUUGUUGCAGAAAAGGCAAUUUUGGAAGAGACUCUGCAGCAGAAGGAAACCCAGGAAGAGAGAAUGGCAGAGGAACUGGAGGGGUUAAAGGUCAAAUUGCACCAGAUACAAAACCUCAGUAAAGAAGUGGAGAUGCUGCGGUGCAAGAACCAGGAGCUGAGCGAGGAGCAUGCCAUCCUGUUGCGGCAAAAGGAGCACCUUUCUGCAGACCUGGGAGAGAGGGAAAAAGCUUUACUGACAGAGGUGGAACAUUUGGCAGCAGACAGACUGGACUUGCAGCGUCAGGCAGAGAAGGACCACAGCUCCCUCUCCCAGCGAAUCCGAGCCUUGGAGAGAGAGCUGGAGGACCAGGAAACCAAGGGCCUGGAGACGGAGCAGCACCACAAGACUCACACGGAGGACCUGCACCAGAGAGUCCAAGCUCUGGAGAAGCAGCUAAAGCACAACAGGCAAUUCAUAGAGGAGCAAGCUGUGGAGCGGGAGCACGAAAGAGAUGAGUUCCAACAAGAAAUAAAAAAACUGGAAAAUCAGCUUAGACAAACAACUGGUACUGACAAUAAAGGACUCAAGUUUGAAGACAUGGUUUUUCAGGUGGAAAAUCUCCAAGCUAUAAUCAAAGACAAAACCGAAGAUCAUGCCAUCCUGCUUGCAACUAACCAGCAAUUCCAGCGUGAACUCGCAGAACGCAACGAAGAGAUCGACAAACUGGCCGGUAGAAUCAGGGAGCUGGAGCAGGCCUUGCUUAGCAGCGCAGAGACCAGUAGAACUGUGAACCAACUAGAACAAGAGCUCCACAGGGCCAUGCUGAGAGAACAGGAGCUCACACAAGAUAAGCAGGCACUGGAGCAGCAGCAGCUAUCAAACAGACUCCAGAUCUCAGCACUGCAGUCUAAACUGGAUGAGACCAGACACUGUUACCUGAAGAACAGCCAUGAGCCCACGCAGGAGCUGAGGGAGGCACUGGACACAGCCCAGCAGAAUCUCGAUAGCAAAGAGCAAGAGGUGGAAGUACUGCUUGGCCAACUGGAGACUGUGCAGAGGGACCUGGGCAUCAAAGAGGUGGAGCUGAAGCACCUCACUCUACAGCUGGAGCUCAUCGCUACUCAGAACACAGCUCAUGUUAAUGAACUACAAGAUGAGAUUGCACUUCUCAAAGAAAAUGUGUCUGCACUCACUAUACUCCAAGAGGAGAGGAGAGAAGAACCUGAGGACAAGGAGGCAGAGGAGGACACUUUUGCCUCAGCUUUGCUCCUGGAGAAGAACUUGGAGAUUGACCAACUUCAUAAUGAGAUCCAUAGACUUGAACAGGAGCUGGAGCACAGUGCUGAAAACAAGGAUGUGGAAAUGGAACAACUGCGCUCUCAAGUUGAAGACCUCCGCUCUCAAGUAGAACACCUCCAGUCCGAAACCCUCCGAAUCCGCCACGACAAGGAAGAAGAGGAGGAACGCCUUCAUGAAGUCAUCAGCACCCUACAGGCCGAGCUCGCUACGCUGGGCCCCAACCUCCACGAGGUCAGCGACUCCCAGGACGGUGACAGCAUCAACCCUUCACCCGCACCCAGCCCUGAACCACAACUAUACACCAUCCAAGAACCGAAAACCAGACCUAACAAUCUCAAACAAGAGCUGGGAGUUAGCUAUCCAGCAUCGACACGCUCACUACGAUCCCGCCUCAAAGCUCUCCAGAGUCAAUUGGAAACGGUAGCGGCAGAGAAGGAGGGAUUGGAGAGGUUGCUGCACACCCAGGAGCAGGAGUACAGAGGGCAUGGAGAGGAGUUUGCGAAAAGGUUGAAGUCGCAGAUGGAGAGGUUUGAGGAGCUUCAGAGCGUGUUAAAUGGUAAAAAUUGUGAAUUGGAGCAACUUCGAAGCCAAUUUGAAGAACAAGGACAGAAAAUGAAAGCGAUCCAAGAUGAAAUGGACAGUUGUAAAACGCAAGACCAAAAUCUUAAUGUCCUACAUGAAGAAAUCGCUCAGCUCCAUUCUUUAGUUGCAGAACUCCAAAGCAAAGAUAAGGAGAGAUUAGAAGAGAUUGACACCCUAAAAGCAAAAGAUGAAGGGAUGAAAUCAGAAUUGGGUGUUUUAAGAGAAAGUAGGAUUACAUUGGAGAGGAAGAUUCAGGCGAGUCAGGAUGAACUGGUGCACAUGGAGACUCUGGUCACCGAGAAGAGGAGCAAAGUGGAAUUGUUGGAAACUGUGACGGAAGAGCUAACCGCGCAACGAGACGCGCUGAGGGGCAGGGAGGUGGAGCUUCAGCAGGAAAUUGAAAGACUGAAGCAGGAAUUGGUGGCAAUGAGGGGGCGAGUUCAAGAGCUGACAGAAGAGCUCAGGCAUAAGGAGAGGAACCAGCAGGAAGAGCAGAAAGAAGUCCUGAGUCACGCUGAACAAACUUUGGCCAAGGCAGAUGCUGUGUUGAAAGAAAAAGAGUUGAAGCAUCAUGCAUUGUCCAAGGAGUUAAGCAAUGUGAAACGUAACCUUGAAGAAUCCACAGAAAAAGCUGAAAAACUCCAAAGAGAAGCACAGCAUAAGGAGCAAGUUUUUGCCAACUUAGAGAGCCAUAACCAGCAGCUAAAGGCAGAGCUCCAGAACCUGAAGGAGGAUCUGGCUGCACAGGAAGAGGAACUCAACCUCCACCGCAGAGAACUUCAAACACUCCGACUGCGUUAUCAGCAUGAUGUACCACCCCAUCAACCAGCACACAAGGAUUCCUCCCACACUGCCUUUGAGGAUGUGAUCUUGUCUUCUCACGGCGAUGUGUCCUUGAGCUCUCCGGAGGUUCUGCGGAGGCUGGAGUGUUCUUCAGACAGGUUCCCCGAGCGCCUCCACACCUCUGUGCUGGAAUCCCGACUGUCUGAGCUCAGCGCCCUCAACACCUCUGCUCUGGACCUGCCCCAGACUAAACCCUCCCCUAGGGUCCAGAUGGAGCCAGCCCACUCCAGAACCAUUACCCCUGAGCCAGUGUCCCGCAGCAGCCACUCUCCAGUCUCAGGCUCCAACUACUCCACUAUGGACUCCCUGGACACAGACAAGGUGCAGGAGUUAGAAGAGCUGGACAUCACAACACCUUCCACUCCUUUGGGCUCGACCUCUUCCAUGUCUGCUCCAGAGUGGGCCAGCGAUGGAUAUGGAAGCAAUGUGAGCUCAGAUCUGGGGGCUCGUCUCAGAGCAGAGCUGGAGCAGACAGAGCGGCUGGAUGCCCAGUUUGUAGAGUACCUCCGCUGCAGAGGCAUCAACCCCACAGCCAACACAGACAGUGCAGCUGGGAGUAUGAGCUUCAGUGAGGAGCUGUUGUCUCCAGAACUACAAGCACUAUUGAGGAAGGUGUAUCAGGAGAGCUGCAGAAUCCUCACUUUGUCCCAGCGCCGUGGCCUCUGUCGUCCUCCUGGUUCAGAGGUGAAGGCCUUGUCCCCCGUCCCCCCACAGCAGCGCACUGUGGAUGGCUCCUCUCAUCACGAUGAGUCACUUCCUCCCAUGAGCUGGCAGCAGGAGAAGAGGGCCCUACAAGAGACUGUCAUCGCACUCAGAGAGCUGCUCUGUCGAAUGGCCCAAAAGCACAAUGCUGAGGGAGGUGGUCCACUCCCAGAUGGGCACAUGGAGCUACAGUUGAGAGCAGAGCUGGAGGAGAGGCAGAAGGAAGUGCAACGUGCCCACAACAUCCAGCAGGAGCAGAAGAACAAGAUACAAACUCUCAGGACAACCAUUGAAGAAAGUGAGGAUACCUUACAAAGGGAAAGAAGCAAAGUCCAAAUGCUUCAACAGGAGCUGGAGCAGGAGAGGACACGCAGCCUCCGCAAAGACAUCGAGGAAGGGGAGAGGCGCGAGGCUGAACACGUAUCGUCUGAACAGCAGAGGUCAGAUGUCAUGGCCCUGCGAGGUCAGGUGGACCAGGAGAGAGUGGCCUGCAGUAACCUUAGACGUGAACUUCAGAUUGAACAGUCUCGCAGCAUGCUGUUGGAGAAGCACCUGGGCGACCUCCAACAGGAGCUGGAGAAGGCCCAGCAACAGUCUACACACCUGCAAGAUGUUUCCUCACAAAAGAACCAGCUAGAACAUCUCCUGAACCAAGCCCAAUCACGCUUAGCUGAAAGUCACUGUAAACUCGACGAAGAGCGGAGUCGCUUCUCAAAACAAGUGGAAGAACUCAACCAGAGACACGAAUUGGAUGCGGCCCGUGACGGGAAGUUCAUCUCGAAUCUCCGAGAGCAACUGGAGCAGGAGAGGAAGCGGAGCGAGGAGCUGGCAUCAACGAUCGACCGGCUCAGAGCAGAUCUGCUGCAGAGUCGGAGGAAAUGGGAGGAAGAGGAGAGGGUCAUCAGGGAGGAGAUGCAAAGAGAACAAGAGGCGUUAGCUAGGCAGAAAGCAGCUUUGGAGAGCCUGAAGGAGCAGAAGCAGGAUGCGUGCAGAGAGCUGGAGGCCGAGAAGAGCCUGUCCAAGCGUCAAGGAGCAGAGAUAACAGAGCUGAAGGAAAAGAUGGGCCUGAUGAAGACCAAGGAGAGGGAAAGAGAGGAGCAGUGGGAGAGGGAGAGGAGGAGGGGCAGGCAGGAGCAGGCCGAGAGGGACAAGAGACAACAAAACACCUACAGUAAACUGUGUGAGUUGGAGUUGUUGAGGCAGCAGGAUCAGCAGCGCCUGAAGGAGUUGCAGCGCACUUUAGCGGAGCUGGAGAGAGAGGAGAGGGAGAUGGCCAGGCAGAGGCUGAGUGGACAGCACCACAAAGUCCAGACUGACAGCCCCAAGUUACCUGCCCAUGCCCAAUACAACCAGCAGGUGUCCACUGGUCCCUCUUGGGCCCAUAUGGAGAAGCUAUCUAAGGAGAACGGUGAGAUGAAGGAGCAGCUCACAGUGCAGAGUCAGGAGAGAGCGUCUUUCAAACAGAAGAUCAGCUCUUUGAGUCAGCAGCUGCGACGCACAGAGGCAGAGCUCCAACAGGCCACAUCUGAAACUGAGAACAGACCUGCCCACGACCCAGCCACGAACUACAAGCUACAGCGUCUGUAUGAGCGUUACCUCCGUGCAGAGAGCUUCAGAAAAGCCCUGGUUUAUCAAAAGCGCUACCUGCUGCUGCUCAUCGGAGGAUUUCAACAAUGUGAGCAGGCCACACUGUGUCUCAUUGCCACCAUGGGAGUGCGGCCCUCGCCCUAUCCCUCCCUCCCUCAGCGCGGGAUGGGUCACUUCAGAGUAGUCGUACGAGUGGUCAUUGCGAUCUCAAGAAUGAAGUUUUUGACUAGGAAAUGGCAGAAAGCGAUUCGAAGGGUCUCUCUUUCUGGGUCCGUCCACGGAUCAUCUUCAGGUUCUAAAGUGGAGAUCUUAAGACCUCAACAGCCAAAUUUUGAAUCUGCCCCAUUCCGAGAAAAUGUGACGACCUUUGCUCCUUCCAGCAAAGCUUCCUUUAGGCUCCACACCAGGUCACAUUCCAGUUCUACCCUGGCGUCGGUGCAAACUGGAACCACGUCCCAGGACCCAGAGAGAUUGCUCACGGAAUAUAUCCAACAUUUGGAGAAAGUCCAGCACCGGUUGGCAGGAGUCAGGCAGAGUGGGUUCGCCUGUUCUCCAGCUCGACCCAAAGAAGUCUGAGCACUAAAACCAUGAAUGUCUUUGGUCCGCACAACUUUUAAACGUCCAUGCCUUAAACUGAAGUAUAUUGAAGAUAUGUUUUUAUAAGCACAUAAUUUAUUUUUAAAUACUGUGUUUUUAUACUGUCUAAACUUCAGUGUUAUCUGCAAAUAGUGUUUUUAAAAGUUGGAUUUUUUUGUAACCUGUUUUGUACUUGUACAAGUAUAAUUAUACUACUGAAAUGACACCUGCACUAAUCUUCAGUGGACAUUAUGCCUUGUGUGUGUUCAAUGAAGGGUCAUAUUUUUGUACUACACUUGUACAUACAUCUGUGUAUACCAUAAUAUGUUUAAUAAAUAUACAUGGU